GCGAGCAUAUGUGCGCAAAGUGGAUACCUCAUACCUCACCUGGUUUGACACGUAGAAAAAAUAUGGAGGGAUUUGUGGUAAAGGUGGUAAAGUCACAAGCGGCAUCUCGGCGUCAGUUACUCGCAAUGAGGCGCGCGAUCAUCUUCGUUCUUGUUGCAGCAACAAUUGCGCCAACUAAUGGCUGCUUGAAACGCCGAUCGAAAGAGAGUGGAGAUGACGAUGGGUAUUAUUGCGUUUGCAAUGCGACAUAUUGUGAUGAAAUUCCGGACGCGAACAGGCCACUCAAUCCCGCUGAAUAUGUCCUGAUAACAUCCAGCAAAAGUGGUGUAUUCUAUCACGUAUCAAACAGUGUAUUUGAAAAUGUUUGUGAGAUCGGCCAAGCGGUUUGUGAUGAGAUCGAUUCUAGGCAAUUUAGCGUCGGCCAAACAUUGUUAGACAUGAUUACUGCCGCAAUACGAAUGUUUCAUAAUGAAAAAACUGUAGAUUCAGCCCCUGCGCUGGGAAAGAUCACUAUAAAUCGAACGGAGGUAUACCAAGAAAUCUUCGGAUUCGGUGGAAGUGUAACCGAUUCAGCAGCUAUAAAUAUUCAUAAUUUAACGCACGAGACGUCUGAGUAUUUGUUGAGAAGCUACUUCGGUCCACAUGGUAUCAAUUACAAUUUCAUUAGAACGCCUAUCGGCGGCUCGGAUUUCUCAACGAGACCUUAUGCCUUCACGUCGGAAGAAAACGACACUUUGCUGCACUCCUUCGAUUUGGCGAUGGAGGAUUACGUUUACAAGAUACCGGUAAUAAAGCGAGCUCAAGAAUUAAGGAGAGGACAAAUUAAGUUACUAUCUGCACCGUGGAGCCCUCCUCUGUGGAUGAAAACUAACCAGUCUUGGACGCAUAAUUCUAAAUUACGUCCAGAAUAUCGACAAGUGUGGGCAGAUUAUAUCGCAAAAUUUUUCAAGGCUUAUCGUAAUAAUGGUAUAGAAUUCUGGGGUACAACGCCCCAAAAUGAGCCGGAAAAUUACAAGUAUGUUCCGCUAUCUGUUGGUCUCAACGGUAUGCAAUGGUCACCCGAGGAAGAACGUGACUGGAUUGUCGAGCACUUGGCGCCAACUCUGCACAGAAAUAAUCAAUUCAGGAAUAUCAAGAUUUUUUCAUUGGAUGAUAAUAGGCUGUCACUUCCUUAUUGGCCAAAAAUAGUAUUUCAAGACCAGAAAGCAAGAAAUAUUGUUGCUGGAAUCACGAUGCACUUUUAUUACGAUGAUAAGAUUAGCCCGAGCGUCUUGAGUGAAAUAAAACGUCUCUAUCCAGAAAAGUUACUGAUAUAUACGGAAGCCUGCAACGGAGUUCUCGAAGAAAAAAGAGUAAUUCUGGGUUCAUGGAAACGUGGUGAGACAUACGCAAAGAAUAUCAUCGAGAACAUGUCGCACUGGGUAUCUGCUUGGAUCGACUGGAAUAUGGCUUUAAAUACGGAUGGUGGACCUACCUAUAUCGGAAAUUAUGUUGAUUCUCCGAUAAUAGUUAACAGCACCGCCGACGAAUUCUACAAACAACCGAUGUUCUACGUUCUUGGACAUUUCUCAAAGUAUGUCCCAGCUAAAAGCGUGAGGAUCGGCACAACAUCGGAGAAUAUCGAGGGAAUUCAAAAUAUUGCGUUUUCCACGCCUGACAAAGCCGUCGUGUUAGUGAUCUUAAAUCUGAACGAAGAAGAAAAAGAAAUUUUAGUCAAUGAUCCAGUAAAAGGAACAACAAAGAUAAAGAUCCUCGGAAAGUCCAUAACGACUAUGAAAUACUGGUAGAUAUGUAGGGGAGAAUAUAAAUCCGCUGUAUAAUGUAACAAUAAAUAUAUUAUACUAUCUAAAUCUGAGUCAGUGCAUAGUCACUGAUUAUC